AUGGAUAAUGAAUUGUAUUUGGAAACAUAUAUAAAUCAAAAUGAAAACCAUGAUGAAUCUAUUAUUGGACAACUUUUAGCGCAAAUCAAUUUAGAAUCGUUGAAAAAUAAUGCAUUUGCUCUAUUUACACGUUCGAAUUUUUUAUCAAGUCUUAGCUUUUUUGUUCCAUAUAAUUUUGCACAUGAUCUUGCAAAAGAUACACUUGUAAUAGAAAGUCACAGAAAAUUCGUUCUUUUGGCUGUUGGUUUUUCUACUUGUUUUGGUCAUAUUAUUAUUGGUUAUUUAGCAGAUCAAAAAUGGGUAUGA